ACAGAGAAAGAUGAGCGCCCUGGGGGUGCCCGGUUCCCCUAAGUGCCUACACCAAGCGAAUGACAGUCCUCUUUGAACAUCAUAGGCCUUGACGUUAUGACUUCCCCAGCCUUUGUUAUUUGGUUUUCUACUGCACGGAAAUAGCUACAAUUUUGACUAAGAGCCAUCAUAAUUAGGCAUCAGGAUUUUCCAGGACAGAGUUAACAGUAACAUCAUGGCCUCAGCAGGUCUCCAGCUCCUUGCUUUCAUCUUGGCCUUAUCCGGGGUCUCUGGAGUGCUCACAGCCACGCUGCUGCCUAACUGGAAAGUGAAUGUGGAUGUGGGCUCCAACAUCAUAACAGCCAUCGUGCAGCUGCAUGGGCUCUGGAUGGACUGCACGUGGUACAGCACUGGGAUGUUCAGCUGCACCCUGAAACACUCCAUUCUGUCCCUUCCCAUCCAUGUGCAGGCUGCGAGGGCCACGAUGGUCCUGGCAUGUGUUCUGUCUGCUUUGGGGAUCUGUACUUCCACAGUAGGAAUGAAAUGUACUCGCUUAGGAGGAGACAGAGAAACCAAGAGCCAUGCUUCCUUUGCUGGAGGAGUCUGUUUCGUGUCUGCAGGAAUCUCUGGUUUGAUCCCAACAGUGUGGUACACAAAGGAGAUCAUAGCAAACUUUGUGGAUCUGACAGUUCCAGAAAGCAACAAACACGAACCUGGAGGAGCUAUCUAUAUAGGAUUCAUUUCAGCAGUGCUGCUGUUUAUCUCUGGCAUGAUUUUUUGCACUUCCUGUACAAAAAAGAAUCCAGAAGCUUGGCUCUAUCCACCCAGUCAGGAGCAUAUCUCUACCACACAGCUAGAGAACAACUCAGCAUACAACCUGAAGGAUUAUGUGUAAAUAACUACAUAAUGCAUACAGAAUGAAGCUUUGUGGUGCCUACCCUACUAGGACUUUUAGAUUGGUUUUAUUAUAAAUCAAGUGUUGGAUUUUGUCAAAUAAUUUUUCUUCAUCUAUUUAUAU